ACCAGCUCCCUCGGCCAGCCAGGAUGGGACGGGCAACCGAGAGAGCCAGAGCCAGAGAGGUGAUGGUGACCAGCCCCUGGACUGUGGGAGGAACAGGACUCAGGGCCUCUACCUGCCAAGCAGGUGGUGGGGGCUGUAAGCCAUGAGCUGCACCCCUAACCCCUGACAUUGUCCUCUGCCUCUGCCCGGACCCGCCAGCCCCAGCCAUGCCCGGAGGAGAAGCUCAGGGCCCCCUGCGCCCGGGGCUGCCCCCGGAAGUGCUGGCGGAGCAGGUGGAGCUGUGGUGGUCCCAGCAGCCAGGGCGCUCGGCGCUCUGCUUCGCCAUGGCCGUGGGCCUCGUGGCGGGCUGCGGGGCGGGCGGCGUGGCGCUGCUCUCCUCCACCAGCAGCCGCUCAGGUGAGUGGCGGCUGGCGGUGGGCACCGUGCUCUGCCUUCUGGCCCUGCUGGUCCUGGUGAAGCAGCUGAUGAGCUCAGCCGUGCAGGACAUGAACUGCAUCCGCCAGCCCCACCACGUGGCCCUGCUGCGCAGUGGCGGAGGCGCCGACGCCCUGGUGGUGCUACUCAGCGGCCUCGUGCUGCUGGUCACGGGCCUGACGCUGGCCGGGCUGGCCGCAGCCCCUGCUCCCACCCGGCCGCUGGCCACCAUGCUGUGUGUGGGCAUCGCCCUGGCUGCUUCAGGCUCCCUCUUACUGCUGGGCUUACUGCUGUACCAGGUGGGCAUGAGUGGACACUGCCCCCCUCUCUGUGUCCCCGGCCCCACCGCCCACGGUGACCCCAGGGGCAACAGCAGCGUCUUCAGCAUCUCGGGACAGUUGUCCGCCGGCCAGCGUCCUGAGACCACUUCCAGCAUCGCCAGCCUCAUCUGACCCAGCCGGAGCCCUCGCCCACGACCUGCUCGGAGCUGCAGACCUGGCCAGGCCCCUGUGGGCACGUGGGAGACAGGGUGAGGGGAGAGUGAGCAGGGACCGUGCGCCUGUCCCGGGACUGUCGCCGGCCUGUGGACUGUGUGAGGUGACCAAGACCCUAAUGUACCCACACAUGCGCACCUCAGGAGGGUGAGUGUGUGUCCCACAACUGUCAGUGUUGACCUGUCUGGAGUCUCUGGGCAGAGAAGUGUCUGGGACCCCUGAAGAUCUUUGGACCCUGUUCCCAGCACCCCGAAAACCAACCCUGCCCAGUCCUGCCUGUCAAGAAUUUCCACAGAAAAGUGACUGUUGCCCACCUGCAGACUGCGCCAGCACCCCGAGGAGAGAAAGUGGUGGCAAAGUGGAAAGGACAUGGGUCCUGGAGUGGACUGGCCAGGAUUGGAAUCCCCCCUCUUCCACUCACCACUUCCACUGGGGGCCUCAGGCAAGUGACUAAACCUCUCUGAGCUUCCAUUUCUUGAGGGUGAUGGUCACGGUUCCGGGACUCGUUGUGAGGACUGCCGUGUGGAAGGAAGGAGCGCGUCUGCAAUUAAAGUAGUGCUCGCUA